GACGUCGCUUUAAAGUGACGCUCAGAGGCGAGGACGAAACUCUCCGAAGAGGAGAGGAGUGGAGGCUGUGCUGUAAGUGAAUGAGAUAAGGAGCCAGUGUAUCAAUACGUCUCUCUCCAACAUGGCAACUAGGUGGGCAAUCUGCGGCGCUGGGAGGAUCAGCCAUGACUUCACUGUGGCUCUGAAAACUCUUCCACCUGGAGAACAUCAGGUUGUGGCCGUGGCAGCUCGCAAGUUGGAGGGUGCACAGGAGUUUGCCAAAAAGCACAGCAUCUCCCGAGCAUAUGGCAGCUAUGAGGAGCUGGCCAGAGACCCAGACAUAGAUGUGGUGUACGUUGGAGUUAUCCACCCCUACCAUCACGGCGCCUGUCUGCUCUUUACAAAUGCCAAGAAGAACGUGCUGUGUGAGAAACCACUGGCCAUGAACCGUAGGGAGGUUCAGGAGAUUCUGGCCUCUGCAAAGAAGAAUGAUGUGUUCCUCAUGGAGGCUGUCUGGACUCGCUUUUUCCCAGCCUCUGUGGAGAUCAGACGGCUGCUGGCCCAGGGGGAGUUGGGCGAUGUGAAGAUGGUCAGAACUGAGUUCGGUUUGCCAUUGAUGCACAUACCGAGAUUGUCGCAGAAGGAGCUGGGUGGAGGAACAACACUUGAUCUUGGGAUUUACUGCCUGCAGUUCAUUAGCAUGGUGUACAACGGAGAGAAGCCAGAGAGCAUCCAAGCCACUGCUGUAUGCCGGGAGACAGGAGUGGAUGAAACUGUGGUUGUUGCUCUGAAGUACUCCGACAACAGACUGGCAGUGUUGACUUCCUCCUUGGCUAUGACGCUGCCCAAUAGUGCCAUCAUUGUGGGGACAAAAGGCUCAAUUCAAAUCCCUGACCAUGUGUGGUGCCCCACAGUGCUAGAUGUGAAUGGGAAGGUGACUGAGUACCCGCUGCCUGAACCCUACUUGCCCAUCAACUGCAUCAAAAGUACAGGGAUGCGUUAUGAAGCAGAGGAGGUUCGACAGUGUUUGCUCAAAGGUCUGAAGGAGAGUUCAGUUAUGUCCCAUUCUGACUCUAUGCUGCUGGCUGAGUUGGAGGAUGAGAUCCGCAGGCAGGUGGGAGUGGUGUACAGCCAGGACUCCAAGUAAAUGUUCAACAUAACUGUGAUAGAAGAGAACCAGUUUAUAAAAAAUAAUUUGCUCUUGCUGUUCCAGUAGGACUUGAUGUAUGAAUACACCACAGCUAGAAACAUAUAUUGUGAUCAUAAAUCUUUGAGCAAAUUUGUCUGUUUCUGGUUGCCUGACCUUUCAAUAUAGUUAAUGUGUUCUGAUGAAGAGACUUAACAUACUGUAUGCAAAACACUUUUAUUUUAUUUAUUUUUUUAGUAAAAAUAAUUACAAAUAAUCCAUGUAGAAAAAAAUCAUGUUGAUGCACUGAGUUUGUAAUUCAUGAAUUUAGUAGUUUAAGUCUAGCAAUGCAUUCAAACACUAAAACCUUUGAUCAAGUAUGAAAUAAAUUGUCAACAAAUUUACAAAGA